UUUCCACUCAGCUCAGUCCCUCCUGAGUCCGGGCUGAGCAAGUUUCUUCCACUCUCUUCUCUCCUCCUCCUCCUCGUGCCCGCCUCCCCUUCAGCCUCAGUAGGGCGCAGGUGUCCAACUCGAACAGGGCCCCCUCCUUGGAUCCAGGUGGUCCAGCUCUCAGACCCCCUGAUAACACAGGGGCGCCCUCCUGCUGCGCGAACCGCGAGCCGGAGCGCCCAUAGUCUCGGCACGCAAGCGGCCGGAGUUUCUCAAUGGGAAGAGGGCGGGCAUCCAGGGGGCGGGACGAGUAGGAUCCCGCCCUCCCGCGGGUCUCGCAGACCCAGGGCGUGCAACCGGCGGUGUUGAGCAUCGAAGACGGCGGAUGAGCCAGAUUUCGGGGACUCCAAGCCAGACAUAUACUCUUCCAGCCUGGGGUGGGGAGAGUGGGGUGCAGAGAGGGGUUCCAGUCCAGCGUGGUGAGAGGCGUGCUGUCGAGGAAGAAGUUGGAGGGGACCAGUGCAGCCCUAAGUCUGCGGGAUCUUGGGGUACACACACUCGGAAUGCUGGGUCCCGCCCUCCUCGCCCUCCUCUGUUGCUUCAGAGGACUUGCAGGCCCAUCGCCCCAUUUCCUGCAACAGCCAGAGGACUUGGUGGUGUUGCUGGGGGAGGAAGCCCGGCUACCCUGUGCUCUGGGCGCUUACCGGGGGCUCGUGCAGUGGACUAAGGAUGGGCUGGCUCUAGGGGGCGAAAGAGACCUUCCAGGGUGGUCCCGGUACUGGAUAUCUGGGAAUGCAGCCAGUGGCCAGCACGACCUCCAUAUUAAGCCUGUGGAACUGGAAGAUGAAGCAACGUAUGAGUGCCAGGCUUCACAAGCGGGCCUCCGAUCACGGCCUGCCCAGCUGCAUGUGAUGGUCCCUCCAGAACCCCCUCAGGUUCUCGGUGGCCCCGCAGUGUCUCUGGUUGUUGGAGUUCCUGGGAAUCUGACCUGUCGGAGUCGAGGGGAUGCCCAACCUGCCCCUGAACUACUGUGGUUCCGGGAUGGGAUCCGGCUGGAUGGGACCACCUUCCACCAGACCACACUGAAGGACAAGACCACUGGGACAGUGGAAAACACCUUAUUCCUGACGCCUUCCAGUCACGAUGAUGGAGCCACCUUGAUCUGUAGAGCCCGGAGCCAGGCCCUGCCCACAGGGAAGGACACAGCCGUUACCCUGAUCCUUCAGUAUCCCCCAGUGGUGACUCUGUCUGCUGAGCCCCAGACCGUGCAGGAGGGAGAGAAGGUGACUUUCCGGUGUCAAGCCACUGCCCAGCCUCCUGUCACCGGUUACAGGUGGGCAAAGGGGGGAUCCCCGGUGCUCGGGGCACGUGGGCCAAGGUUGGAGGUCGUAGCAGACGCCACGUUCCUGACAGAGCCGGUGUCCUGCGAGGUCAGCAAUGCGGUGGGAAGCGCCAACCGCAGCACCGCGCUGGAAGUGCUGUAUGGACCUAUUCUGCAGGCAAAACCAAAGUCCGUGUCCGUGGACGUAGGGAAAGACGCCUCCUUCAGCUGUGCCUGGCGAGGGAACCCACUUCCACGGAUUACUUGGACCCGCCUCGGCAGCUCUCAGGUGCUGAGCUCGGGGCCCACGCUGCAUCUCCCAUCCGUGGCGCUGGAGGAUGCGGGCGACUAUGUGUGCAGGGCUGAGCCGCGGCGCUCCGGUCUGGGAGGCGGCACCGCGCAGGCGAGGUUGACAGUGAAUGCUGGCCUGGAACUACUGGCAGCCCUCCUGCCAAGUGCUGUGAUUACAGGUGUGACUGGCCAGGGGGAUCUCAACUGUGACUCCCCAAAUUCACCAGUCCUCGACACCAAACCUAGUGCAUUGCAAAUCUGGGGAUCCCAAACUUGGCAGCCUUUUGAACCCAGGGGUCCCACACCCAAGCCCCGAGCCCAUUUCCCUGUUAGCCGCCUUCAGAUCAGCCCUCUGAGGACAUCCCACCUGCUCCUUACAGAUUUGCUGCCCACUCUGCGGAUUGUGGCUGGAGCAGUCUCUGCAGCCACCACGCUCUUUAUGGUCAUCACUGGAGUGGUCCUCUGCUGCUGGCGCCAUGGCUCUUUCUCCAAGAAAAAGAACUUGGUCCGGAUCCCAGGAAGCAGUGACGGCUCCAGUUCACGUGGCCCCGAGGAGGAGACAGGCAGCAGAGAAGACCGGGGUCCCAUUGUGCACACUGAGCACAGUGACUUGAUUCUUGAUGAAAAGGAGGCUCUGGAGACAACGGAUCCAACCAACGGUUACUACAAGGUUCGAGGAGUCAGUGUGAGCCUUAGCCUUGGGGAAGCCCCUGGAGGAGGCCUCUUCUUGCCACCCUCCUCUCCGAUUGGACUGCCAGGGACUCCUACUUACUAUGACUUCAAGCCACACCUGGACUUAACACCCCCCUGCAGACUGUACAGAGCACGGGCCGGUUACCUCACCACACCCCAUCCCCGCGCUUUCACCAGCUACAUGAAACCCACAUCCUUUGGACCCCCAGAUUUGAGCUCUGGGACACCCCCCUUCCCCUACGCUACCUUGUCUCCACCCAGUCACCAGCGUCUCCAGACUCACGUGUGAAGACAUCUCUCUAAUUGGAGAGUCUUGAGAUCUUCGACCUGCCGUUAUGUCCUGUCCAGCUUUCUGAGGAAUCAGGACAAGUUGAUGACCUAUUCCUCCAAAACGGAGUACCAAAGGAGGGGAACAAUGUCAGCAUCAUUGAUGCAGAGUCAGCUCAGCCAAAACGGAUGCUCCAAGCGGGAGCAAUAUGACCACUUUACCCAUUUAUUCUCCCGUGAGUGAGACAUUCAAGAUGGCGACUAAACUCUUUGCAGAGGGACAAAAGACGGGAGGGGAUGGGAGUUAGGGAAUGGAUGGAAGGCGUUUCUAGCCAGUAGAGAAGACAUUCGAAAAUGACCAUCUGCAGCAAGAAUGAUGAUAGCACAAGACAAGUCAAGAUGAAAGAAAUAAUUCCCCACACCCAGUCCUGGCUUUCCCAGGGAGGGGAACUUUGGCCAAUAAAAGUAUAGCCAAUAUGGCUGCUCAUUCUAUGAGAACUCAGAAUGACCACUCUCUUGAUUCCUUCCUUAAAGACACAGAAAGGAUUGAAUCCAAGGAGUGGGGAUGGGGUGUUUGUGUCUGUGCGUGCAUGUGUGU